CUCGGUCGCCACUGACGGGCAGUCGGGCGUCCCAGCAGACGGAGGCCGUCUGACCACCCCGUGCCCGCAGGCUGAGGAUGCAGCGCUGGAAGGCGGCGGCCUUGGCCUCAAUGUUCUGCAGCUCCGUGCUCUCCAUCUGGAUGUGUCGAGAAGGCCUGCUCCUCAGCCAUGGCCUUGGACCUGCAUUAGCCCCACUGCGCCGGCCACCUCGAACCCUGGAUGCCCGGAUCGCUCGCCUGGCCCAGUACCGUGCCCUGCUGCAGGGCGCCCCGGACGCGGUGGAGCUGCGCGAGCUGACGCCCUGGGCCGGGCGGUCCCCGGGCCCGCGCGUGCGCGCGCAGCCCUGCUGCCGCCCGACGGCCUACGAGGACGAAGUGUCCUUCCUGGACUCGCACAGCCGCUACCACACGGUGCACGAGCUGUCGGCGCGCGAGUGCGCCUGUGUGUGACCCUACCUCACAGGGCCGGCCAGACGGCGGCCAUUCCCUCCCCGCCCGCGAAAGCCCCGCCCGACGACACUCACCGUGCUGCCUGGCAC